CUACACUCUUCUGUUUAAGACUCGAUUCUUUUGUUGAUCAUGGUCCGCGCUUUUAGAAUUGGUUGAUAUGAAGCCAUCUGUCUUUGGUAACAAUUGAAGGGCAUAUAACAAAAUGGUAUGGUUCAACUAGUUAGUUCCUUUUAACUAGUUAGUUAUUGUCUUAACAUAAUAUUAGUUGUUAAUCAUGUACAUUUUUAUUGCGAUAGAUGAUAUUAUAUACGCUCUGUGGCCAAGAGCCCCUUUGCGGGGCCCCUCCAACUUCAUCUUCUCAUUGAAUUCCAUAUGAUAUCAGAGCCUUGUCCCGUGAAUUAAGGUUUUUCAUAUCUUAUACCCACAUUCUUUCUUCUUCAGAAAAAUCCAAUUGCCACGGCCAAAUCUUCAGAUACCGGAGGUUAUACAUCUUCUAUGAUUUCUUCUUCGGCAUCCUUUUCCACCACAAACGUACCAAAUGCUCUUCCAAAAAAUCCAGUCACCAUGACCCUUGAUAUCUACUAACUGAACAACUACUAAUACUAUCAUUAAGUGUUUUUAUAAUACAAAUCCUAACAUCAUGAACGACUAACAUAAUAGUAAUAUCAACAAUAGAACAAGAAACCCUAAAUCAGUGGUGGAGCCACCCUAUGUCCAGGGGAGGUUAUAGCCCCCCCCCCCCCCUCAACUCGCAAAAUCACGUAAAAUUACAUGUAAUUUAAUUAAAAAUUUGAGAAAUAUAGUAAUUGGUUAGGCUUUAGCUCUCCUUGUCAAUUCGAAUUCUCUAAUUGUAGAUUUUUAACCCCCACUCGUUUAGAUUUCUAGCUCCGCCACUGUCCUAAAUCACUCUUAUCCAAAAUCCCAUAAGCCGUCCGCCGACAGUAGGAAAGGCCAUAUACAAUUAUGAAUUAUCUUAUGAAAUUGCUAAUCUAGGCAUAUUGCAUGUGUUGUCCAAAUGCUACAAACAAAAGCACUUUUUUUUAUCGAGACAAUUUGGUGUAUUAAUGGCAAUUUCUUAUUUGUGACAACAUACCCAAAGCAUCUUCCAAAAUUAAGACAGCCUAAUUGAAUCACCACCCCACUCAUCAAUAAGGUUUGUCACAUACUCACAUUCCCAAUUUUGUCGAUCGAAUUUGUUGUUGUCUGUAAAGGUGCCAACUUGCUCCAAACCCCAUUAUCCAAUUCAUCCAUUUCUGCAGCAGCCGGUCCCGGUCGCCAUUGAAUAAUGAAUCCAUGUAGACUUCAGACGACUUCAGAGUGCAGAGAUCUUACCUGGAAAAGAACCCUCCAUUUCACAAUUCCUUCCACACUUCCACCUAUAUAUAGAUCAAGAAAGCCACUGUCCAUCUCAUUCCAAAACAGAGCAAGCAACUCUCCCCACUGAAAAUGUCGCCAGCCAUCUUCCUCAGCAUCUGCUUGCUGUCCCUCUCCACCUUCCCUUCCGCUCCCCAAGCCACCGUCCCUCCCUCCGACCGAUUCACCUUCAGCAACGAUGGCGAUUUCGGCGACUACAUAGUCGAAUACGGUGCCAACUACCGCGUCUCCUCCAUCGCCGCCAUCCCAUUCGAGCUCUGCUUCUACAACACCACUCCAGGGCAGUACACCUUGGCCCUGCGCAUGGGCACCGUGAGGUCGGAGGCGCUGAUGCGGUGGGUUUGGGAGGCCAAUCGCGGCAACCCGGUCGGCGAAAACGCCACCUUCUCCCUCGGCGCAAAUGGGAACCUCGUCCUUGCACAUUCCGACGGCCGAAUCGCCUGGCAAUCCAACACAGCCAACAAGGGCGUAGUUUCGUUCCAGCUGCUCAACAAUGGGAACAUGGUGCUGAAAAAUUCCAAGGGCGGAUUCGUCUGGCAGAGCUUCGAUUCGCCGACGGACACCCUCUUGGUGGGCCAGUCGCUCCGGGCCGGAGCCGCAUCCAAACUGAUCAGCCGAGCAUCGGUUGAAGAGAACAAGAACGGACCCUACAGUUUGGUUCUGGAGCCCAAGGACUUGGCCAUGUAUUUCACUGGGGCAAAUGGUCGAACACCUUAUCGGUACUUCUCAUUCAGCGGGGCAGGCCGCCUCUUCCUCCCGGACAACACCACCACACUCAACACCACUUUCAACGCGAACCUGGAUCUCGAGACCAAAGUCACCGACUCCACCGCCGGCGGCGGUGGCACUUUCUUUAAAACCCCGCGUUUCAACACCACGCUGUCGUACCUCCGCCUGGAAAUCGACGGCAAUUUGAGGGUCCACACCUUCAUAAUCAGCACCGAUUCCGACGGGUUCGAGACCCAGCUGUGGGAAAUCGCGGUGACCGUGUUCUCUGAAGACGAUCCGUGGGCGCUGGAGACGAAAUGCCAGCUGCCCGGCCGGUGCGGGGAAUUCGGCGUCUGCGAGAACAGCCAGUGCGUCGGGUGCCCGACUCCCAAUGGGCUUCUGGGUUGGAGCAGCGAUUGCAAGGCGCCGAAGCUGAGCGACUGCGGCGGGAAGAAGAAGAAUGAUUUCAAAUACUUCGAGAUGAAAGGGAUCGAUCAUUUUGUGGUGAAGUAUACGAGAGGCGAUGCGCCGGUGAAGCAGCAGUCGUGCGCCGAUAAGUGCAGCAAGGAUUGCAGGUGCUUGGGAUAUUUCUACCACACUGAUGCGUCGCGGUGCUGGAUUGUUGAGGAGCUGAAGACGAUGAGCAGAGUGGCGAAUUCGACCCAUCUGGCUUAUAUUAAGACCCCGCUGCAGUGAAACUUUUCUUGGCUGGUUUCGUUUUUUUACCCGUUUGAUUUGUGACAAAAGUGGAAUAAAGUUAACCUUUUGAGAGUUCACUCGACCGGGUUAACAAAUUCAGAUAAACAGGUUGGGGUGUGAGUAUGGAUGUCGGUUUGGUUUUGGUUUAAACCGAAAAUAAAUUGAAGAAACUCUUUCUGACUUUAGCUAUCGAUUCAAAAAAAAAUUCUCUUAUCA